GAGAGAGAGAGAGAGAGUGAAUUCGGCUGCUGUUAUCGAGCUGCCCGCUCGCUCCUGCUGAGGAGAAGAGGAGGAAACAUGAGCUCUAGGAAAGUGAUGGCCAUCCAGGCCAGAAAAAGGAGGCCGAAGGGGAAGAAAGACAGAGCGGGUCACAGUCGGAGGCCUGAGACCCAGCAGAAAGCUCCGGUGACUGCCCCUCCUCCCCCGCCGCCCCCUCCGCCUCCCCCUGAGCCAGCAGGGGCCCCGGAGCCGGAGGAGGAGAUCCUGGGCUCCGACGAUGAGGAGCAGGAGGAUCCCGCAGACUACUGCAAAGGAGGGUACCAUCCGGUGAAGAUCGGGGAUUUGUUCAAUGGGAGGUACCAUGUGAUCAGGAAGUUGGGGUGGGGCCACUUCUCCACCGUAUGGCUAUGCUGGGACAUACAAGUGAGGAACUUUGUGGCGAUGAAGGUGGUGAAGAGCGCCCAGCAUUACACAGAGACGGCCCUGGAUGAGAUCAAACUGCUGCGAUGUGUGAGAGAGAGCGACCCCGGCGACCCCAACAAGGACAUGGUGGUUCAGCUGAUAGAUGACUUCAAGAUCUCUGGAGUCAACGGCAUACAUGUGUGUAUGGUGUUUGAGGUGCUAGGCCACCACCUGCUGAAGUGGAUUAUUAAAUCCAACUACCAAGGUCUGCCACUGCCGUGUGUCAAAAGCAUCAUCAGACAGGUCCUGCAGGGUCUGGACUACCUCCACACUAAAUGUAAAAUCAUCCACACGGACAUCAAACCGGAGAACAUCCUUAUGUGUGUAGAUGAUGCCUUCGUCAGACGUAUGGCCAUGGAGGCCACCGAGUGGCAGAAAGCUGGAGCCCCCCCACCAUCUGGUUCAGCAGUUAGCACAGCCCCCCAGCUCAAACUGGUGGGGAAGAUCUCCAAGAACAAGAAGAAGAAGCUGAAGAAGAAACAGAAGCGGCAGGCGGAGCUGCUGGAGAGACGGAUGCUCGAGAUCGAAGCCUUGGAGAGAGAGGCAGAGAAGAAGGAGGAGAGAGCCAAAGAAGGGCGAGAGAAAGGGGAGCACGAACACAACCCUUCUUCACCGCUGCUGCAGCAGCCGUCACCACCUCCGCAGCUGGGGCCCAGCAUGGCCCUGGGUGAGAGCGAUGAGGACGACGAUGAUGAAGAGGACGGGGAGGAUGAGGAGGAGGAGGGAGGAGAGAGGGAGCGGCCCGUCAGGUUGACCAAUCAUACAUGUGCAGCGCCUCCCCAGGAGCAGGACAAGGCACCCCACAUCACCAACGAUGACCCCUAUGAGGAGGUGGAAGAGGAAGAGGAGGAGCCCACACCCACCAUUGAAAAAGAUACCCCCAUUCCCCCCACCACAGAAGAAGGCAACCGAGAUCCAACACAGGAAGACGUACAGGAUGAAGAGGGGGAGGAGGAGGAGGAGGAGGACGAGGACGAGGAGGAGGAGGAGGAGGAGGAGGGGGAGGAGGGGGACGGAUUAAAAGGGGCAGAUGAUGAGAAUGAGGAAGAGGGGGUGGAGGAAAAAGAUGAGACCGAGGAGCCAAAGAGUGAGAGUAAAACAGAGGAGGACGAGGAGGCAGUGGUAGAGGAAGAGGAGUCAAAGGAGCAGGAGGGGGAGGCUGAUGAGGAUGAAGAGGAGGACGAGGAAGACGAGGAUGACGACACGACCGCGGAGCUCUUCACGGACAACACCUUCUCCCCAGUCAAAUCCCACAACAACAAAACCAAUUCGGCCAAAACCAACGGUCACGUUUUGUUGGGGUCUGAGGGACUGAAACCAAACCCUGGCACUCCUCCACCUCUCUCCCCCACCUCCGAGCCUCUCCUCUGCCCCCUGGUGGAGUCUGAGCUCAGCUACACGGACAGGGACAACUCUCUCAGCUCUGGAUAUGAGAUGUAUAAUGGUGAGCUGGCUGAGCCGGGGCUGACCAACGGUUCCAGUGACCGCCAUCUUGUCACAAUGCCACUCUUCCCAGACUUGCCCCUGGAUCCUGAGCCGGGAAACCCCAUUUCUGUUGGUACGACAGAGAUUGGAGCUGGCACGUCAGCCAACAACCCCAGCGCUGACCGCAGUCGCACUGUGUCGUCGUCGAGCACGGGAGACACACCCAAAGUCAGGGCCAGAGCUGCAGAUCUCCUGAUCAACCCACUAGACCCUCGCAACGCUGAGUCUAUUCGAGUCAAAAUCGCUGAUCUUGGAAAUGCCUGCUGGGUGCAUAAGCACUUCACAGAGGACAUCCAGACGAGACAGUACCGAGCCAUUGAAGUCCUGAUAGGAGCUGGGUACAGCACCCCUGCAGACAUCUGGAGUACUGCCUGCAUGGCUUUCGAGCUGGCUACUGGAGACUACUUGUUCGAGCCCCACUCCGGAGAGGACUACUCCCGUGAUGAGGACCACAUAGCUCACAUCAUAGAGCUGCUGGGCUGUAUUCCGAGGCACUUUGCGCUCUCUGGAAAAUAUUCCCGGGAGUUCUUCAACCGAAGAGACCACAUCGCUCUGAUCAUGGAGCUCCUUGGGAAGGUCCCACGCAAAGUGGUCGCAGCCGGGAAGUACAGCCGAGAGUUUUUCUCCAAGAAAGGUGAGCUGCGGCACAUCACCAAGCUGAAGCCGUGGUCCUUGUUUGACGUGCUGGUGGAGAAGUACGGCUGGGCGCACGAGGACGCCGGCCACUUCACCCACUUCCUUCUGCCAAUGCUGGAGAUGGUGCCCGAGAAGAGGGCCACGGCCGGCGAAUGCCUCAACCACCCCUGGAUCAACUCGUAGCCACAAUCACUGAUCAGAUGUCGUCUCCCCCCCACCUACCCACCCAGUCCCCCCCAAGUUAUCCCAAACAUCACCCCCUGGAGGCAGCCUGUGAAACAACAGCAUGGACAGAAGCUGGAGACAAACUGAGUCAGAGUAGAUGAGAAGGACUUAUUCUUUCCUGCACUAUCUCAACGAUCCAUUACAUGCUUAUCUGAGUAGGCUUAAGCCCCACACAACCGCCUCAUCUUCUCAAAAAGGAAUGUAUAGAUGAAAUUAUGGAGAUAACGUGACAUAGUAGCUGUGUCUUCAAUAACAUCUCCCAUAAAAAGUCAGAUAAUUUGAAAACAGGAGCUGCUCACAUUGCAAACGGGAAAAGUCAGUAAUGUACUUUAUUCUUCUCUUCUGCCGUCAACAUGUCAGUCGCAUUCUUCAAUCUAAUCGCUCCUAAUUCUCAGUUUUUACUUCUUCUGAGCCAGUCAUGGACCACUGACAGCUGCUGUGCUCUUCAGUGAAGCCAAUGAGAAGCCCCAUCACAGUGCCGACGGCCCAGAGCUCCAUCUGCCUUGACCUUUGCAUAGCAAGAGCCUCAAAGUCAAACAAGUGUGUUUUUGUGAGUGAGAAUGACUGUGUGUGUGUGUGUGUGAGUCUGUGCUGAAGAUUCGACCCCGUCUCCUCUCUUUCCAGCCCAGCUGCCAUACUUUCCCAUCCCCUGCUGUGGGAGAAGCACCUUUAUCAGACUAAGAGUUUACACCCUGAUUCCUUCCAAGAAUCCAAUCCCUAAAAUCAGUCCUCCAGGGGGCACCACACUGACAGCUGUCACUUUCGACAGAGACAGAAAAGGUGCGGGAUGAGCAAAGAAAACGACGACAAUGAAAAACAAAAAAAACAAAGAUACAUUCAGUUCAACAUGGAGGAGGACAGCUUGGUCUUUGAAGACUUUUAAAAUGCAUGGAGGGCCUGAUGGAUCAGCAUGAACGGCUAUGACAAGUGGACGAUGGAUGCGUUAUUUUAUUCGUGCAUUUCGCUAGUUUCUUUCAUGUUUCCUCACCUCUCUUGGACAUUCUGUUAGAAAGAAUUAUGUUAGGAUAUUUCGGUGCCCCCUCUGAGAAAGGUAACUACAUUACAUCCCCUUCCUCUUCAGCUUUUCGACAUUCCUAAAUCCAUCAUUCCUGACUUUAAGAACAAUUCUGUUGAGUUCUGCUGUGGCACGUUUACCUGGUCCGACUGGUACUAGUCCCCUUUUAUUCCCCAUAGAGGAACCCUUUGAUCCCUGAGCUUCUUUGGAAAGGGGAUGGUCACAUGGCGGUUGCACUUGACUUUGUAGAUGUCCUUCAGGGAUUUGAAAUCUUUGUACAUAGAACUGAGAUCUUGCAAAUGCCGAUAAGCAACCAUGGACAAAGUUUCAACACACAAGCAUCAUUCCAAGAAGUUGUUGGCAUAACUUGACAUCCUCUGAGGGAGGGGGCAGUCGUUAUUCCGGCCCUGGAGGAAUGUUCAGACUGAACUGUACCACCUAGUGGCUGAAUGGGAGUACUGCAUUGCCGCACACUGCUGCUGCUCUCAGUGCCAACGCUCCGAGACGUUCCACUCCACUUAAUCUCUAUUUCUGUGACACAGACACACACAAAAACUUGCAUCAUCACAAUUAGUCCAGUUGCCUAUUUUUCGCAAUAAAUGAAAAAAGAUGAGUAUAAGUAAAUGGUGAGAUAUUUUUAAAAACUAUUUAAUUCAUUUAAAAAAAAAAAAGAGAAAAAAAGAAAACAACUUUCUCUGGUUGUUGUGACCGUGACAGAAUCUCGUCUUAUACUGAGGUGAUUGUGUUUGUCUAUUAGAGAUGUUUUUAUUUCAUUUGUCAUUAUUAUUAAUUAUUAUUAUUAUUAUUAUUAUUGAAAGAUUUUUUUACACAGUUGUCACCUCUCCCCCUCCCUCCUUACUUGAACAGUGCUGCUCUGUCUGGGCUCUCGAUGGUGAUUUAAAAAAAAAAAAAAAAAAAAUCAACAGUUUUGCAAUAAAGGAUAUGUGAUGAGUUUUUUGCACCAAAACCCCCUGAUCUCACUCUUUCAGCCAUGCUGACUGUUCUUCCUGAUGACAUUGACAGAAUCGCGUCUCUUGUCUGUGUUUUUCAUUGACAGAUUUAAUAAAACUGUAAAUUAAUGGA